UCGCCCGCUCUAUCCACACUCCCUCCCUAGUCCCUCACUCACUCCCCCCAGACCCAGAGUCGUCCGUCCACAUGGCGACUUAUCUCAACGCACCGCCGGCAGCUACCACCAUGGCUGCAAGCUACUGCCAUGCCUUCUCCGGCGGCAGCCUCCGUCUGCUCCGGCCGAGCCGACCCACGCUGCACGUGACGUGCCAAGCCUCCUCGUCCUCCUCCCAGCAGCAGCCGUCCCCGUCCAGGAGGUCAGCCUGCCUCGGCCUCGGCCUCAGCUUCGCGUGCGCCGUCCUGCUCCGCCCACGCGCCGUCGCCGCCGCAACCGACGGCGGCGACGAGGAGCCGGCCAACAACGGCUGGUGGCUCACCGAGUUCCCCUUGCCAACGCCCAAGAUCGUCAACAAGGAGAUCAACAACGCCGAGACAGGGACGCGGUCCUUCAUCAAGAACGGCAUCUACAUGGCGGACAUCGGCCCCAGCUUCGCGGCGCACGCGUACCGGCUGCGCAGCACGGCCUUCGACCUGCUGGCGCUGGAGGACCUGCUCGGCAAGGACGCCUCCAACUACGUCAACAAGUACCUCCGACUCAAGUCCACCUUCAUGUACUACGACUUCGACAAGCUCAUCUCCGCCGCCGACGACAAGCCCACCUUCGUCGACCUCGCCAACCGCCUCUUCGACAGCUUCGAGACGCUCCAGGAGGCCGUCACCGCCAAGGACGACGACAGGAUAAGCGGCCGCUACGCAGAGACCAAGGUCAUCCUCCAGGAGCUCAUGGCGAAGAUGGCCUAGCUAAGCCAUUUCAGAUUUCAUUCAUAUAUAUGAUAUGAUGAUAUGUAUAAAUAAUCCCAUACUUCAAUCUUAGGAGUAUAUCUGUCUACAAGCAGAAUUUCCAGAGCAGGAAAAAUAUAACUAUCAUAUCA